AUGAAACACCGCAGUCCAUAUGGCAUAUAUAGCAUAGACUCUUUGCUGCAUCUGUGUGUGUCAGUGCCCACCCGCAUCAUGAAAAGAACAAGAACCGCUGGUCGCACCCACUCCACCGUGCCCCCACCUGGGUUCGAGAACGUCAAAGAGACGCUUGACGACUUCGACCGCCAACUCAAGGAGUUGCAGACCGACUCCGCCAAGGCCUCGAGGCUCUCAGCGCGUGCCAACGAACCUGCCUGGCAGGUGUUUCGCAUCACCCACGAACGGUCCCGCUACAUCUACAACCUAUUCUACCGAAGAAAGGCCAUCAGCCGGCAGCUGUACCGUUGGCUGCUGAACAACCGCUACGCAGACAGGCAUCUGAUCGCCAAGUGGAAAAAAAGAGGCUACGAAAAGCUCUGCUGCAUACCGUGCAUACAGCAGACAGAAACCCAGUAUGGCAGCACUUGCAUCUGCCGGGUGCCCCGCGCCACGCUGGAGAAGAACAGUGUCGACGGCGUCACCACCUUCAAGAACUGCAGCCACUGCGGGUGCAGUGGCUGCGCCAGCACCGACUGA